UGUGGUUAAAUAUUAUAUACUGUGUUCAGGCAUUUCUUUGUAAACCUGGAUAUAGAGUAUUUUUUGUAGGUAUAUCAAGUAAAUUAUUAAUAAACAGGGUAUAAAGUCACUGGACUUUUAAAAUAACUGGACAUUGAAAUCUAUCAGUGUUAGCCUCUUAAACUCUGCUAAAGUCUCAGCGCUGUAAUCAAUCUUUAGCCAUUUACACUAGACCAAGAAGAGUGGCCAUUGGAAGAACAAUGGACAAAAGCAUGCGUCCUCAUGUUCCCUGCAAUGGCUGAGUGUCCUUCUUGGAUUAUACCGAAGACACCAUUCACAGGGUUGUGUUGAACACCAGACACACAGACACAAAGCUGCAGAGAUCAUCCAACUCUUUCCAGGGCGAAUGUCCUGUCUGAGGCGCCAGCCUGUGAGCAUCCCAAUGGAUACCGUCAAGAUCAUCCAGUCGGAGAAAUUCCCACGCGAAUGUCCUGUUCCUGUGACUCAGCCUCGCUUCGCACCUCCUCCCCGUGUAGCCUGGGAUGGAGGAGGUGAAGGCGAGGUCAUCGUCAACCAGGCCUGCAGUGACCUGUCCGUCGAGGUGAACUGUAACACCAUGGUCAACCCCCGUCCUUUGGCAUCACCUCCAGCACCAGUCCUCCGUCGUGAAGCUAGCUAUUUAGCCCAACGCAAGGCUAGCAACAGCGAGAUAUGCUACCACCAAUUCCACUACAAGAUGGAUGACGUAAUCGUGAACCAGUACGUCCUGCGCUCUUCGUCCACCUCGUCCUCCUCGUCAUCUUCGACAUCUUCGGGCCCGGUGAUGCCGUGUGAGCCACUGGAUUGCCCGACUUGCGGGCACACGUACAACUUUGCAGGGAAGCGUCCGAGAAUCCUGUCCUGCUUGCACUCGGUGUGUGAGGAGUGCUUGCAGAUCCUGUACGAGUCCUGCCCCAAGUAUAAGUUCAUCUCAUGCCCCACAUGCCGCCGCGAGACCGUUCUCUUUACCGACUAUGGUUUGGCUGCGCUCGCCAUCAACACCAGCAUCCUGAGCCGCCUGCCGUCUGAGCCUGGCGGGACCGUACAAUGGGGAGGAGAUGCCGACCGCAGCUGCUACCAAACGGUGCGCCAGUACUGCCAAUCGGCCUGCACGUGUCACAUCGCUAACCCGCUCUCGACCUGCGGCAUCAUGUAGACGUCGAUCUAAACCAGUCCACCAGGUGGCACUGUUCGAACCAAAUCCACAAAACCACAAAACCAGUGACCCCACUAUUCCAAAAAUGCCCUCCGACUUACCCUGCCAAUGCAAAUAUUAUCUAUAGAUCUAUUUAGCGCAGACGGUUGCUGUCUGGACUUUUAAAGAAGUGAAAGAGACACUUGUGCAAGGAGCCAAGAGAAAUGUUAUAUCAGAGUAAAUGUAUUUUAUGUACGAACUGAUUGAUCCUUUUCCCCUUAAAGUUCCUGUUUAUCUUGUUUGGAUGUGUUCGUCAUUGACAUCUCUUCACAUGGGAAUGCCAAGGAGACUUUGUCUCCCCCUCUCUCCUGGGAAAAAUAAAGCAAAUAAACGAAUUGAGCCAAAA